ACGCCGACAAUACGUCAACAAAUCGACCCAACCUGCACGAAUUUCCGAGUUUUUCUUCUCAAAACACCUCUUUUUCCAUCGAAUCAUUCUAUUUUAAGUGUUAAUUGGGAAUUCUCAGCAAUGUUAAUUUAUUCUAUAAUCUAUUCUUUGUUAGUUUUUUCGAAUACUUAUGCUCUAGACGUAUUAAAUUCCGACGUAGUCGUCAAAAAUGUAGGCCGGUCUAUUGAUAUCACAAGUCAGCUUGUGAAGGUAGUUUAUCAAUUUACCUUCGAAAAUAAAGGUAAAAACAGUGAAAAAUAUGUUCUUUUUGCAGUGGAACCGCAGUUCAAGGACAAAGUUGCUUUUGUCGGAAGCCAGAUCAAGGACUUCAAAUUGAAGACAGUGGAAACUAAAAUUCAAAACCAUGAGGAUAAGUCAUUCUGGAGGAUUGAUUUGAAAUCUCCGCUGCUACCAGAUAAAACUGUAUCGUUUGACGUCGAGCUUAUAGCAGUGAAGGCACUUGUACCCUACCCAGCAGAAAUAACUCAGCGAGAAAAGCAGCUUGUGAAGUUCAGCGGAAACGCAUUUGUGUACUCUCCAUACAAAGUCCUGAGCCAGACCACCACCAUCGCAACAGGAACCAAGAAUAUCGAAAGUUUCUCAAAGUUGCAGCCUUCAAAACAGGUGGACAAAGGAGUAAGCUAUGGUCCCUACGAGAAUACAGAACCUUUCUCUGAGGCUGGCAUUACCGUUCACUAUGAAAACAAUUCUCCCUUCCUCAUCAUAACACGACUGGAAAGGACGCUUGAAAUAUCCCAUUGGGGUAAUAUUGCUGUUGAAGAAGAUAUUGAUGUAUACCAUCAUGGCGCCCAACUAAAGGGACCAUUCUCCCGCUACGAAUAUCAAAGAGAAGCGAACAGUGGUGUUGCUAGUGUGAAAUCAUUCAAGACUGUUCUACCGGCAUCAGCGAUUUCCACCUACUACCGUGAUGAAAUAGGAAACAUUUCAACUUCUCACCUCCGCGUCAACUCUGAUUCUGUAGAAUUGGAGCUACGACCAAGGUUCCCAUUAUUUGGCGGCUGGAAAACUCACUACAUUCUUGGUUAUAAUGUGCCCUCUUAUGAAUAUCUAUUCAACUCAGGAAAUAACUAUGUUUUGAAAAUGAGGCUUGUUGAUCACGUCUUUGACAACAUGAUUGUUGAAGAGUUAGUAACGAAAAUUAUCCUCCCAGAAGGUGCCCACGACAUUAAAUUCUCUGUGCCGUAUCCUGUCACCAGACUACCGGACUCCAAACACUACACUUACCUCGACACAAAGGGACGGCCAGUUAUCUCCGUGAAGAAGAAUUUUGUAGUUGAAAAUCAUAUUCAAGAUUUUGAGUUAACGUACGUGUUCCCAAGGAUACUAAUGCUUCAAGAGCCCGUUCUUCUGGUUGUUGCAUUUUACCUGCUUUUCUUGUUCGUCAUCAUUUACAUUCGGCUGGACUUCUCCAUCUCUCCGGAAGAGCCCAAGAAAGAUCGCACAACCUACACCGGCCUUUGCCAGAAACUUAUAACUCACCAGGUCAAACGACUUGCCACUUUCACUUUGAUCGACAAAGAAGUCAAUUCCAACAAAAAUCAGAAUGCGCUUGCGGCUGCGUUAAAACCCAUAAACCAAGAAUACAAAUUCGAAAGUACCAUCAUCAAUGACCUUCUAGCUAAAGUUAAAGGUGACGCCAAUGAAAAAGUUACUAAGCUGGCAGAGGCACAAAAACUUGACAAAGUCUUGAAAGAGCACUACACCCAAAACAUUGAGAGGUACAUCUCCGGUUCAAUGGGCAAAUCGCAGCUUUUGGAAGAGCUUAACUCGAAGAAGAAAACAGAGCUUGUAGAAAAAAUUAACAGCCUCCUCUCUUGAAUCUUUUCCCACCAUUGAAACCCCAUGGCAAAGACUCAAGUGAUGUUUAAGUUUUUUAUAAUUGUUAAGUAAUCGACUUGGUUUUUCUAUUCCCGUCAGAAACAUGUGAAUGAACAGAAAAUAAUAUCCUACUUAAAGUGACUGCUGAUUGAUUUAAGAGCAGAAAUUUUCCUAUUAGUUGUUCAUUCUUGAGAUAUAUUUUAUUUGGACAAUGCGAGGAAUUACACUGUUAUGCUAAGGGAAAUUGCUGUAUAAACUUUCAAAUGUUGCCUAAUUUCCAAUCAGAAAAUAUUUACAUUUGAAGAAAGUUAUGAAUAUUUUUUCCUGAAAUUUUCAGAAACUUUAGAUUGAACUAAAAACAAAAUUCUCUGAAAAUGUGAAAAAAAACCAUCCCCAAAUUUUCUCGGGAAUUUGUAAUUUGUCAAUAGAAAUUUGACAACGUCUGAAGGCUCAUACCGUGUUUUUCCUCAGCAAAGCAGCAUAUCAGCCUUGAAUUGAAUAUGUACAUGUUAACCGACACUAUCUCUUGUCAAAGAAAUAACAGUGUACAGAUAAUACAUAAUUUUUUUUCCAAAUAAAAUAUGUCUCCAUGAUUUUAGGAAUCUCAAGAUUCCAUUGCUCGUCUAGGAGAGAUAGUGGCAAAAGUCAGUUCCAGUAUAAAACGGGAAGAAAAUAAUCAAAGUUGAAAUUGUGAUCGCAUUUAAUUGUAGGAUUAGUGUUUUUCCACGCAAAAAAAGUCAUUAGUGUUGAGAUCUGUCGCAUUUCUCAUUUAAUAACAACCACAUCUGAAAUGAGAAGUUUCGUAAUCGUUUUGCGGACUACAGACAUGGUAUUUUUGGGUCUAGUACACAAUUUUUUCACUAAUUUUUUAACUUUUAUAUUUUUUAGUAUAUUUUCUUAAAGAGAAAAUACCAUCUCUCCAUGUCCUAUUUUCAUGUUUUCUUAAUUUCCUGUUUAUGGUACAUGAUAUUCGGCUUAUCUUAUCCUCCACUCUUUUCAGUAAUUUUACUUGUGUUAAGUGUGUUCUUGCGAAAUGAAAGAAAACUAUCAAGGCACUCAUCUGUCAACAAAAUGUACACAUUUCUCUGAAGCUCGCUCUAAAAUGAGCUCCAACAGGGUGUCUUAAGAAGUUUGAGCUCCUUGCGCUGACCUCUGAUUAGGAGGAAAACUGGUUGGAUUCACUAAGAAUAUUGACGAUUAGACUUAUUCUUCAGCUCUUUGGGCUGUUCGUCACCAAGAAUUUGAAAAUCGAAUGAUCUUUUCAUUAAAAUCUCACAUUGAUGGCGAAGUGUCUAUCUCUUUUGCAACUUUUGAAAAUCUCCGAUUAAGUUUUAUUUUUUUGAAGAAACCUUAUCUUAAUGUUUUCUACACAUUCAUUUACUUCAUCCAUCAAUAUGUAGAACAAAAAAAUAUACAAUAAGUUAUUUGAACUGUGACAGCUCUGUUCAUACACCAAAAGAAAAGGAAAGGAGAGUCUCAGACUUUUUAAACACCCCGUAUUUGCACUGAUUUUAAAUUUUGGUUUCAAGUAAAUGUAGUGAUAGUAGUGAUAACCUGCUCUGUUGUUGAUUUCUCUUAUCUUUAACGAUACAGCUUGCUGGGUAUUGUCGGUUAUCACAUGAUCUCUUUGAUUAACAUCCUAACAGUUUUCUUUUGUGAAUAAAGGAUUUUUUUUUACUAUAAAAAUAUCGUGCUUGUUCUCUCUUUGUCCUUCAGAGACGAAAUUUCACGCCUUUUUUUUAUCGUUUACCCUUUGAGGGAAGAAAUUGUACCAUGUAUUUUUCAUAUCUAUUUUUUCAAAGGAAAUUGUGUUUAAAUGGUAUUCUUUUAUGGUUUAGCCAAAAAAAAAAAUUGUCUCCUGGUUGUUCAUAUAACUUUCUCCUCAAAUUUAAUUUAUACCCAUGUACAUGAUAUAUUUAUUUAAUGGAAUAUGUAAGAAAUCAGAUAGUCUCAUAAUAGAGAAUUUUGUUGAGGAAAAUAUCCAAAAAGGAGCUUUUUCUAAGCAUGUUAGUCUUCGGACGACAGUGAAGUUCCAGCGUGUCUUCAAUUGUUAUAAUCUUAACUGAGUAAAAAUUGUUAGAACAAGAAAUUUGAGAGGUAAACUGCAUUUUCAGAUAAAAUAUCCAAUUGAGAGCCAAAACCAUCUUUCAGAUAGGUUAAGUGAGUUAACAAUAAUUUUUAUUUCAGGUACAACAUAACUGAUCAAUUAGAAGAAAUAAAUGUAUCGAAAUCAGAGGAAUAAAAGUAAAUUAAACGAUUAAA